AAGGGGGUGGACGCGGCGUCGCGGCUGCGCGGCGUCGUGGAGUUGCGCGACGUUCCCUGCCCCCGCCCCCGCUUCCCGUCCCCUGCGUCGUGCGGCCGCGGCGGGGCGCGGAGUUUGCCUCGGUCCCUGCGCGGCGGCUGCCAUGUCCCAAGAUGGCGGAGGCGGCGGAGCUGAAGGAGUCAGAGUGUGUCACCACCUUUGCCCACCAGACUGUGGAAUAUGAAAUUGCCCCUGCAUAUGGUGAUGAGCUUUAGGGUAUCGGAAUUACAAGUUCUCUUGGGCUUUGCUGGAAGGAACAAAAGUGGAAGGAAGCACGAACUUCUCACAAAGGCGUUACAGCUGCUGAAAUCUGGCUGCAGCCCGGCCGUCCAGAUGAAAAUUAAAGAACUUUACCGCCGGAGGUUCCCGAGAAAGAUCUUAACCCCUUCGGACUUAUCGAUGCUCCACGUUCAGGCAGGGCAGCUGCCCUCGGCCACCGCGCUGACGCAGGGCACGGUGUGUCACCUGCCCUAUGACCACAGCUCCGCCGCCGCCGUGCCGGCGGCUCUGCUGCCUCCGGUACCCGUGCUGGGACCCAAACACGAGGCAGACGUUCAGCACCUAUCGCCGCCCAUCCAUCCCGUCCAUCCGGAUGUCAAGAUGAAGAGGUUGCCCUUCUACGACGUCUACGAUGAGUUGAUAAAACCCACCACGUUAGCCUCAAUGAACAGUCAGCGGUUUGAGGAAGCUCACUUCACCUUUGCUUUAACCCCCCAGCAAGUUCAACAGAUUCUCACCUCCCGAGAUAUCUUACCAGGUGCCAAAUGUGAUUACACUAUACAGGUGCAAUUAAGGUUUUGCUUGUGUGAAACCAGCUGUCCCCAAGAAGAUUACUUCCCUCCUAAUUUAUUUGUCAAGGUCAAUGGAAAACUCUGUCCCCUGCCUGGUUAUCUCCCGCCCACAAAAAACGGCGCAGAGCCGAAACGACCCAGCCGCCCCGUCAACAUCACUCCCUUGGCACGGCUUUCGGCAACUGUCCCCAACACGAUUGUAGUGAACUGGUCCUCGGAGUUUGGCAGGAACUACUCUCUGUCGGUGUACCUGGUGAAGCAGCUGACGUCAGUAACGCUGCUGCAGAAGCUGAGAGCCAAGGGCAUCCGAAAUCCAGACCAUUCGCGAGCCCUGAUCAAAGAAAAACUAACAGCUGAUCCUGACAGUGAGAUAGCUACAACGAGCUUACGAGUUUCCCUGAUGUGUCCACUGGGUAAGAUGAGGCUGACUGUGCCCUGCCGAGCCAUCACGUGCACCCACCUCCAGUGCUUCGAUGCAGCGCUCUAUCUUCAAAUGAACGAGAAGAAACCCACCUGGACUUGUCCUGUGUGCGAUAAGAAAGCCCCAUACGACAACCUGAUAAUCGACGGGUUGUUCAUGGAAAUCCUGAACUCCUGUACGGACUGCGAUGAGAUACAGUUCAUGGAGGAUGGCUCCUGGUGUCCCAUGAAGCCGAAGAAGGAGAACCAGGAGGUGUGCCAGACGUCUGCAUUCAGUGGGAUUGAAGCCAGCUCCCUUUACACCGUGAGCUCCGAGGGCAAGAACGCUUCGGAGGGUAAAAAAAAAGUGGAGGUUAUUGAUCUCACUCUGGACAGCUCGUCGGACGAGGAGGAGCCGCCUGCCAAGAAGCAGUGCCCCGUCUCCAGCGUGGCUCUUCCGACAGCCGGGCCCAAGGGGGUAUUGAGUAUCGAUCACCAGCCGUCAUCUGUGCUUCGAAGUCCUCCCAUGGCAGCUCUCGGCAGCGACUAUCUCCCCAACCUCCCCAUUCCUGACUACCGUCCUUCCUACCAGAUGCCCUCCGAGCUUCAAGGUCUGGAUUUGUUUUCCUUCCUUCAAAGUGAAAAUCAGCAUUACAGCCCUUCCGUGAUCACCUCUCUGGAUGAGCAGGAUACGCUCAACCAUUUCUUUCAGUACAGAGGCACAUCCAGCCCCUUCCUAAACAUGAAUCCCCUGGUCCCCGUGAUGGCGGGAUCUCACAGCGCCGGCGGCCAGGCCGGCGGCCGCAUCAGCAGCAUCGUCUCCACCAGCGCUCUGCGGGAGAGCCGCGGGCACAACGGGACGAUGAGCACCACCGCGGCGCUCCCGGGCUGCAGGCCGGACAUCAUUUCCCUGGACUAAACCCGUGCCGACGGCCGUCAUUCCCUCUCCCGGGGCAGAUUCCCGGUAGCUGCCUUCGGAUUGGCGUCCCUGCCCGGGGCUGGAAGCCGUCGGUUGUGUCCCUCCCCUCUCGAUGGAGGGAAUCUUCCCUCCCACACGCAGCCUCGCGCCGGUGGUUUUCGCUCCACCUCCGUUAGGAAGGACGCGUCCCACGGCUGCGUCCGUGUUCCUCGGCGCGUCGGGAUGUGGGCCGGGGGGUUGGUUAACCAAACUCCCCCUGGCUUUAAAGAAGUAUUUUAAAACCGUUUGUAUUACGUAGGAUUCGGCUACGGCUAUCAAAGAGCCCGCGCGGACCCCACGAGCGAGGCUGGGGCUGGCUGGGGCGGCCUCCUAGUCCUGACUGGAAAUUAUUCCUCGUUUUUCACGGCAGAAGGUGGGGGGGGGGGAGCAGAGGCUGCGUUGGAGGAGGAUGGGGUGCAGCGAGGGACCCGGGUGCCCUGACCACGCUGUCGCCUCCUACUUGUCCCUCUAGUGACAGUGCGCUCUCGGUUGUAAUUACGAUGUAUUUUUUAAAAAAAAAAAUUAUUAAUGUAGAUUUGUUUUCCUCCUUUUAAAUAUUUCCAGUGCGGACCUGUACAGAGAAUAGAUGAUCUAUAUUUUCAGUUGCAGCUUUUGUACAUAUAAAACUCCAAAGACUUCCCUGUUUCUCUCUACGCGAGGACUAAAUGAAGGUUGCGUCGUCUCUGGGGAACGACGCAUCGCCCAUUGCACAAAUUAUUUAUGUAUUUAAAUGUAUACUUUAAUUUGGAACCUCUAUGGCGAUGUACCUGCCGCUUCGCGAGCGUCCCAACAGGCUUCACUCCCUGCAGCCCAGCUCAUCUCCCAAGUCCCGCAGCGAGGGGUGGCGUGGCUCGCGGCCAGGCUGCAGCGCGGAGAGGUACCACACGUAGCAAUUAUUAUUAUUUUCUUUUUUUAGCACCUUUUUUAACUGCUCCUUCUUCCCUCAACUUCAAAGCGACAUUUGGGACGGGGGGGGGGGGAGCAGCGCACAGUAUUCUGCUUGGACGAUUUCUUAUUUCUUGUAUCGUAAGCGCGGUAAAUAUUUCAAUGCAAUAAAAAAAAAAAAAAGUGUUAAA